AUGUCUUAUCUACCGCCAGGAUGGACUCUGGAGCGACUUCAAACAGCAACAGUCGAUGAUCUACGCCAAAUACCAGAGGAUAGGCUCCAUGAGAUUGACGAGAGUUUAAUCCCCGUCGAGAAUGUUCCAGUCCACUUAGUCAUUGGCCGUGCAAUUCAUAACGAACACCGACGAAAAGUACGCGCGGAGCGCGGCCUGCCACCUGCCCCCGGAGUGCCCCUUUUUGAGAAAAAAGACGAUCCAGUAGUAGAGGUAGUAGAAAGAGGAGGAUUCGACGACUUUGGGUUUAUUGUGUUUCGAACAGAUUACUCAGACGAACAACGCUGGGAGCAGUGGCAUAAAGAGUUCCACCGCAUAAUAGAUGCCUCGAUAGAGAGCGCUAGCGGGGGAAAGAAAAUCGAAGAUAAAUGCUUCAUGCCAACCUACGAGGACGAGGAUAUGGUUGGUGCCACUCAUGAACAGAUACUAGAGUAA